AUGAAUUGCCUCAGUUGGAACUGCCGUGGUUUGGGGCAAUCACGGGCAGUUCUUGAACUCACCGAUUUGGUGAAAAAAUACGCUCCAUCCAUUCUCUUUCUGAUGGAAACAAGAUCUAAAGACCACUAUCUUAAAAAUCUCUGUUCAAAGCUUCACUUGGAGAAUGUUUUUAUUGAGUCUCGGAUUAACACAGGAGGAGAAUUGACACUUUACUGGAAAGAGGGGACUGAUCUUAAAGUUCUGGACUCAACACCAACUUACAUUGAUGCAGUAGUUAACCCAGGAAUGGAUGACGCCUGGCGGUUCACGGGUUUCUAUGGGAAUCCAAUAACAGCCAACCGGGAACAUUCUUGGGCACUACUUAAACACCUUUGUCUAAAAAUGGAUCUACCAUGGAUAUGUGUAGGGGAUUUCAACGAGAUCACCAAAGCAGAAGAAAAGAAGGGUGGUGCUCACAGACCAGAAAGCCAGAUGAAAGCAUUUAGAGAUGCUUUGGAUUUUUGUGGAUUCCGUGAUUUGAGUUUCGUUGGUUUACCAUUCACUUGGUGCAAUAACCAAUUUGAUGGAGAAGUAACAUGGAUUCGUUUGGAUAGAGGGGUGGCAACACUGUCAUGGUCACAAUUGUUCCCCACAGUUCGUGUUCAUCACAUUCCAGGUACAUUAUCUAACCAUUGUCCCUUAUGGUUAUGCUCUGACGAUGAAAAUGUUAGAUUUUACAAGAAAUCCAGGCCUUUUCGUUUUGAGGCGGUGUGGCUAAAAGAUGAAAGAUGUGAAGGUGUUAUCAAAAAAGCGUGGAGAGACAGAACUAUGGGGGAACCAGUUGACAAACUAAUCCGAAAGGUAGAUGCUUGA